ACACAUCGAUAACUUUGCGUUCCAAGAUGUUAUUACGCCCUAGAAUCCCUAACAUAAUUUUAGAAGCAGAAUUUCUGUGCAAAACAAUUCCAUCGCCUUGUCACGCUUAACGGCUCAAUCAUCGAAACAUGUAUCAUAACGCACGAAUUAUGAUGAAAAAGAAACUGUCUUUCGAAUAAAAGCAAUCCGUUUGCCAGGUGCGCUUAAGGAUGUACAGGACGUCGACGGAGCAAGUGUACGAAAUACAGCCGCUGGAGGGUAACAGUUCCGCUCAACGUUACACUCAACAGCCGAAACAACGAUUCUCUGAAAUGCCUACUCCUUCGGUUUCGCCGACGUCUUCUCUCCGAAAGCGCGUCUCGGAACUGCCAAGAGCCGCGAGUGCAUCCGUUUCCGGUGCUGCGGGCAUUGUCUGCUCUAAUACGGAUCUGAUAUCGAUCCUAAGCUCGUUAGCGUCUUCCGCGACGGAAAUCAACCGAUGCGGCGAGGAAGCGCCGAGUUCCCAGGACGAUAGCAAAUCAAACUGGCCCGGAAAAACGACCGAACAGAAGGGAAGUCGAUCGAAGAGCUUCCGUUCCAAUAGCUUCGACGUGUCGACAUUGCACGGAGCUAAAAGUAAGCUUAGCGGAUCCUCGAAAGCCGCUAUUUCGACCUUUAUGGCACCGUCGAAUUGGUUCACGAAGAGACACCAACCGAUGUCGAAGAAGCCGGAAGAUUUAGUAACGGCCAGUUUAAGUCUCAAGUUCGAUAAAUCGAAGGUAGUGAAGGCGGUGAAGGAAACGUUGGGUAAAAAGUCCCCUAAUAGCGAGGUCAAACACAAAGUCGUAUGGGACAACACUAGUGGAACCAAAGUGGACGCUCAGCUAAGUUGUAUUUCUCGUUACGAUAUCGUUUCUUGUUUAAGAGCCAUCGUAGGUGAAAGGAGGAAUGCAAGAACGCACAUAAUACGCAAAAAUCUAUGGCAGAUUCAAAGCACAGUACUCGUUGUGAUAUUCGGUAAAGAUAAUAAGUUCUCCUAUGGAGAUUUCAUUUUUCAAAUUAUUCUCGUAAAAGUACGUAUUUGCAUAAAUAAAUAGCACACGGUCUCUGCGUAAAUACCCAGGCCAGUUAUAAAUAUUUCAGUUUGCCAACGAUAUCCAACAUGUGGGACACUCACAUGUGUGCUACUUCGUGAGCGAUGAUAAAUGCGCUGGUCAAGCCUUCGUCUCGAUUUAACGCGCACGAUCUCGCGGGAUAGCAUACUCCUGACACAGGUGCGUAACCGGAAGGACCUCCUAUAUCUAAUCGCGUCAACCAUACAGCAACAUCGUGAUUUACGUCCUUCGAG